GAAAUAUUUAUUUUCCUAUAAAAUUAGAUCCUAUAAAGAUUGCUUCGUACCAUUAUCUUCUACCACAGUCUAGAUAUACGAGUAGACGUCAACUGUAUGUAUUUUUCCUCUCUUCUUCUCUGGAGCUAAAUCACCCCAUUUUCAUCCCCUUUACAACAGAUUAGUCACCCACAUUGCAAGCAGCCGGACCGACCCUUUCAUAAAAAUGGCUUUAAAGAACGCUUCGAAUGUAACGAAUUGUAAAAAAUUGGUAAAUUGUCAUUAAUAAAUGAAUGGGAAAGGAUUGUGAAGAAUUGUGACCAAAUUUAUUAUAUCAGUGAAGGUGAAUAUAGGAAGUUUCCAAUGUCGAUUACGGGUUUCGCUUGAAGCCGGUUGGGAGACGGUCGAGAUAAGGAAAUGAGUCCGAGGGAAUCUUGCAGAUUGCAUAUUUAUGAGCGCGAUGCUUAAAACAAGAAGCGAAAAUGAAGAUUCCGCACACUGUACCCAAUCACGUUUUACAGACUUACCGAUGCUCGGACGAGACGACACGGUUAAAGUACGAGGUCUACCGAACUAUCCAACCGGAAAACGUUUCCUGGGACGAAUACAGAGUGCCGAGCUUAAAGACCCUCGCCCUACGCGUCAUAGCUUCUGUAUGGGAGAAAUAUCCGCUGGUGGAUGAACUGCCGACGUGCGAGGAUAGAAACGCGUUGAUAGAAAUCCUGCCUACGGAUCUACCCUUCGAAUUGACUAUAACGAAAAUUGAUACCGAGUUCUACUGGGAACGUUGCUCUAAAGCUAGAUGGGAGCAUAACGAUAUCAGCGAACAUGGGAAUUCUUGGCGACGAUACUACUGUGAGAAUAGUUUUCGGGAAUACUUAGAGAAUCUGGAGCCAACUUUCUUCGACGCGCAGAAGGAAGCGUGUGAAAAAAUGAUAGAACUGGUUAAGGACUAUGUACAUGUCAUAGAACUGCGUUCCCUGGUACCAACAAAGAAGCGGAGCACGUCUGUAGAUGACGAGGAGGAUCCGUGUUUAAUAGAAGAGGAGCCCGUUAAUCAUAUACCGUUGGAGCAGAUCCUGCCGCGACUUCCUCAUCUCGCAGAGCUCCGGAUUAAUUUCGGAUUGAUUUACAUGGACGACGGGUUCGAAUGGCGAGACUUCGAGAUCUCCAUCGAGGAUUGUUUGGGACUCGGUCGCGGGAUUAAAGCAUGCCGGAAAUUGAGGAAGUUCGCUUUGACGAGGAGCAAUCUGGACCAGCCACGCGCCGCAGCUCUUCUUCAGGGUGUCGCGGGGAACGAGAGUUUGGAGGAGAUAGAUUUUUCUCAUUGCAAACUGGGAGACAAGGGUGCCCACGCGGUGGGUGAAUUUUUGUCACUGCACAAGAACCUGAGGAGCAUAAAUCUGGCGGACAACGGGAUAGGACCGGAAGGAAUAGGUGGAACGGUUUACGGGCUGCUGAAAAGGGAGCAGAACAUGCUGAGAAGUCUGAACCUUCGACUGAACCCUUUACUAGACGCGGGGGCGAAUUACGUGUUCGCCUAUCUGCUGAGAAGCGAGGUUUUGGAAGUACUCGAUAUAAGCACGUGCGGGAUAGAAGCUUCCGGUGGAAGCACGCUUGUCGAGAUACUAACAUCCGGUUGCUUGAAAACGGACAGCGUAUACCUGAACGUGUCCAACAAUAGUUUCGACCAGCAAAUCGGGGAGGCAUUCGCAGCGGCAUUGAAAAACGCUCCAUGGGUAAUGGGUUUCGAGGCCCGAUUGUGCAAUUUCUCACCGGAAUCGGAGUCCUCCAUCCACGAGAGCGUGGUCAGAAACAAGCAGUUAAAGAGAAAAGAGAGGACCAAGUACAUGUUGGAUAAAGCACCGAAAGUUUCUAUCGACACGGCCGCCUCUCGAAUUCAACUUAGUGCGAAACAAAAUGCGAAGAAAAAUUCGAAACUGCGAAACGAAUGACGGAAUAAAAGUUGUAGCAAUUAUAUGAAGAG